CAGCUCCCAUAACUCUCGAAUCUCAUAAAUUUUAAAUCUUUGGGCUUAUCAAGAUCUGAUUUUUAUCACUUAAUAUUAUUAUUAUUAGAGCUUAUAAUCAUGAGUAUAAUGUGAUCAAAAAGUGCAAAUUACAAGCAUUAGAAAGAUCUUAAAUCAAAGAGAAUUUUUCUUGGGGAAUGAGACUAUAAUGGGCAAGAAAGGUGGCUGGUUUUCAUCCAUUAAAAAGGCUUUAAGUCCUAACUCUAAGGAAAAGAAAAGCCAGAAAUUAAAGAAAAAAGGGCUCGGGGAUGAAAAACCUUCGGUACCCAUUACAGAAUCUGUAAACAGAUCUCGUUAUUCUCCUCCACGUCCACCAUCAGAGGAAGUGAAACCGAUUGAAGUGGAAAAUGUGCCAAACAAUCAUUCUUAUGUGGUUGCAGCUGAGGUGGCUGCCACCUCAAGUCAGGCUACUGCUGAUGUUUCUCAACCUGCUGAGUUGAUUCAGCAUUCUGGAAAAUCAAAGGAGGAAACAGCGUCUAUCAAGAUUCAAACAGCUUUUCGCGGGUACUUGGCAAGGAGGGCGUUGCGGGCUUUGAGAGGGCUUGUCAGAUUGAAAACACUAGUCGAUGGACCGGCUGCCAAUCGGCAGACAGAAAACACGCUCAAAUGCAUGCAAAAUCUAUCUCGUGUGCAGUGCCAAAUCAAUUCUCGAAGGAUCAGGAUGUCCGAGGAGAAUCAGGCUCGUCAAAGACAAAUUCUACAGAAGCAAGCAAAAGAACUUGAGAGUUUGCAGAUGGGAGAAGAAUGGAAUGAUAGUUUGCAGUCACAGGAACAAAUUGAAGCAAAGCUACUUAGCAAGUAUGAAGCAACUAUGAGACGAGAACGAGCCAUGGCUUAUUCAUUUUCUCAUCAGCAACCAUGGAAGAAAUCGGCAAGAACAACAAACUUGCUUUUCAUGGACCCAACAAAUCCACAAUGGGGCUGGAGCUGGUUAGAGAGAUACAUGGCAGGCAGGCCACUUGAUACACGAGGCGAGAAAGAUCAUGCAUCCAUUAAAAAUGGUAUCAACAUCACUGGUAUCGAAAUAUCAAAGUCUUAUGCCCGUCGGCAACUUAACAUCACCCCUUCAACUCCGAAGUCAACAGCAGGUGUUCCGGCAGCAUCACGGAAAUUCAAACGUGGCCCUAACCCGAGAUCCUUUAGGUCCGGCCUUGAUGAUGACUCAAAAAGUGUUUUUAGCGUACAAUCUGAGAUGAACAGAAGGCACAGCAUUGCAGGGUCAUCGGUGAGGGAUGACGAGAGCAUGGAUAGCUCUCUUUCAGUUCCUAGUUACAUGGCACAAACAAAAUCCGCCAAGGCCAAAUCAAAGGGGCAAAGUAUAUUAGGCCCGGUUGAGAAUGGUGGUUGUCAGACCACCAUGGAGAAGGAGUUUGGGCCAAAGAAACGACUUUCGUUUCCGGGACCACCAGCUAGACCUAGGCGACAUUCGGGCCCACCAAGGGUACAAAGCAGCAUUUCCAUGGUGAUUUGAGCAUAUCAGGUUAUAUGUUAACAAGGUGAGAUAAAAAGGAAGUGGUGUAGUUCAUACUUGAUAUAGGUCUAAAAUAAGAUAAGUUUGUUAGGAAAGGGGUUAAUUUAAAUUGUUUUUAACUUGGUAGUCAUUUAUUUAUUUCAUAGUAAAAUAAUAUAUAGGGUGUGUUUGUGUGUGUUAUAAUUGCUGCGUUAAUAUUAAACAUUUAAAUGAAUGAUUAGACUCAUUGUUUUGAUUGUUGUUAUACUGAGAA